AUGAGCGUGAACAUCACUCUGGACGACACAUCUCCCAUGAUCUCUUGGGGACAAGGAUGGAACAUCGGAAGCCUAGCCGCCGACCCUUUCACCCCUCGGUAUUUCGGUUCCACCUUCCGCUGCACCCAAACUGAUAACGCCUCGGGCUCAUUGAAGUUCAAAGGGACCGGCGUCUGGGUCUUUGGCGCGAAGCGGGACAACCACGGGAUGUUCGAGGUAGAUCUGGAUGGGCAAGUAACCACGUCGGACGGGUACGGGGCGAACAAGGCGCAGGAACUGCUAUUCGGGCAAGGAGGAUUGGAUCCCGAUGUGGAACAUACGGUAAAAUUCACAAACACGCCUUCCAAGAAUCAAGGUACGGGGGAUAAACGACCGUGGUUCGACAUCGAUUAUUUCAUCAUCGAAACGAAGCUCGGAGAUGCCAAUGCCCUGACCGCGACGACCAGGAUCGACGAUGCUAGCCCUCGGUUCACUUACGACGGGGGUUCGAUCACGACGGACUUCUCGGCUACCAAGCAGUAUUACGCCGAGACCGGGCACCUGCUCAAUACCGCCGGAGAGACGGUCAAAGUCGACUUUAUUGGACAGACCUUGGCGGUAUUUGGAGGUGUCAAUUUCAACCAUGGGGACUACUCCGCCAGUUUGGAUGGAGGUCCAGAACAGGUAUACUCUGGAUCUUACGAUGACCUCAAAGCGGGAGCGGUUCUCUACAUGGCAACGGGUCUCCAAAACACGACACAUUCGCUCGUACUGAAAAACCUCGGUACUGGUACGAAGAACAACUUUGACAUCGAUUACAUCGAGUACAACUAUACGCUGGCGGACUCGGCCGAAUCUGUGACGUCUGUGACAACGAUCGCUGGAGUGGCAAGCACGAUCAGUGCGACCGCCUCGAGCUCCGCCUCCGCUUCAUCCAACUCUGUAACCACUACGGGAGGUACAAGCACCUCUUCAUCUUCUAUGGACCUCGUCAUGGCGAGUACUACACCCGGCACUAGUGACCCUGACUUUGGUCCGGUCGCCCCGGCGACGACCAAUACUGUCGUUCCUCCGAGUUCGGGUGCCAUAAAUGGCGCGACAUCGAGCGAAGAAAAGAGCGGAACGAGUCCCGGCCUAAUUGCAGGCGGUGCUGUCGGCGGGGCCAUCGCGCUCCUCUUGCUUGGCGCCAUCCUGUUCUUGCUGAAACGCAAAAAGCGUCGUGGCGAAGAACCCGAUCAAUGGCAAGACAAACAUAUCGUCGAUCUCACCGGUGAUGACGGUUCCAAAUACCCCUAUGGUGGCAACGGUGUCAGCCCCUUUAGCGACCACGCCUCUGCCACUCCUUGGGAUUCCGGCAUGCAGCCUGUCCAACAUGCCAACAGUUCUCCUUACGGGAACUCCGGCUCGCCGUACAUGUCUUACAUUCCGCCUGCACCUCCUUCGCAGAACCCGUCAUACUACCCGCACUCCGUCGAACCGUCUUCUGAACACGGACGUAGUCCGAUAGAUGAAGGACAAGCAGAGUAUAUGUAUGGCGCAGCAAGGUCCGGAUCUCGCACGAACGGCGCAUAUGGAGGCAUUCAGCAACAGCGAUCGGGACCCUCCACUGGUUCGCAAGGUAGCGUCGGCGAGAUUGGGCGAGCCUUGCUGGUCCCUGUCGACCAGAUCUAUCAACCUCACUCUGGAAGAUCUCUCUUUCCUCCAGGCGAAGCGGGUUAUCAGCCACCGGAAGCGAUCUUUGGCUCUGAAUUCUCUUAUGGGCCUCCUGGCACCGCGACUGUGAUGGGCUCUCCUCAGACCCGCGCAGUGACAGCCUUGCGCAACAAGGGAAACAUGUUCAGCGCCGCUCUGCCAGCCACGAGUGUUGCGCCGUCUUCUGCCGUAUCACCGGACGACAUUAACAGUCGCACGCGGAUUUACGGCAGAGCUGUCGACGCGGGACCACUGCCAGCCUCUCCGUCGGUCAGUGGUAGACACGAAUUACCUCCAAAUUACUUCCAGGUGAGAGAGAAUGCUCUCCCCAGAAACGCAAUCUCGAAGGCCUAA